AUGGCGAAAAGGAAGCGUGGAAAGCGGACGCCCAAGGCGCCAAAAUCCGUUCGCGAUGCGAAAAAGCGAGCUGACGCGCUUGCAGCUGAAAAUGCCGGUUCCCGAGUUGGUAGCGAUGCUGCCCGGGCUAGUGAGUCCCCAGGACCAGCUACCCAGGGAGACGACAUACUUCCCUCAGUUGAGAACGGGCCUCUGACCGGGCUCGGGAUCGAAGAGGAAGACGAUUUGCUUUCGGGGCAAGAAGGAGCUCGCGGACCGGUGGAAUGGACCGCGUCUCCUAGAGGCGAUGACAGACUGUUGAACCAGACUGUCUCUCCUAGGUCUAUCGCUGAUCUCACGAUCAAUGAAGACAACAUCGAGCGGGAAGAAGAAGAGGAAAACUCUUCGAGACAAGUCACAUGGAGUCUCUCACCCAGUGAAACGGGCCGGUUCUUACCCUCGGAUUCGCCAUCGGAAGAAGGGGAUGAAACCUUUCAACCGACUGGUGAUUAUUGUCUCGUCAUCUGUCGCCAGUCUUCGCAGAAGCAGGAACCAGAUCCAACGGGUAGAAGCGAAACCAAGUUAAAUUGGUUCAAGAAGGAGACGUCGGCUAGUGAAUGGGUCAAGUCGAUUCGCGGGUGGUUCCGCAAUCACUCUGACAGCCAUGUUACUUUGCUGAUCCGUUCAGUGGAUGGUCUGACCACCAACCAUGACACCUUCCUGAGUUUCCUGGAAAUGGUCGACCACUUCGGCGUGACUGCUGAGCUGGUAUUCCAGAUGAACAAGGUCUGCGAUGAGAUCAGACCAACGACAUUGCUCCCGUUCCCUGGUCUCGGUAGUCUCGCGGAGUUUUCAUCCCGGGACGUCCUUGACCACAUGAAGGGUAACGUGUUUUUGCCGGAAGUGGAGAGGCUUCUUGACAUCAUCGUCUUCAUCGGCAAAAGCAAGGCGCUAUCGCAGGGCAAUCAGGAUCGCAAUGAGCUCCCGGAUGACGAUUGCGAGUGUGCAGAAGAAGUCGAGCGCCUGGCAAGCGCCGCUGGUCGGAAGGGCAAGCCUCCAAAGGCGAAGCAGAAGAAAGGAUAG